CUUCCGUUAGGCCACCAUGUCCUACGGAAGUUGAAUUGUUGUAGUCGGACACUGGCGAAAACACUGGAGUGGUCUCAAGGAGGCGGCGAAACCGAAUUAUAAACACACCUUGUGUGCUUAAGAGAAUAUAAAGUGAGCGCGAAUAGCCAAUUAAGCAAAAGAAACGCGCUGAGAUAGAAAGAAAUACAUCAACAGUGGCCCCUGUACGCUAGCCCUAACCCCUGAAGUCCUCUGUGGUUAGGCGAAACGAGGCGGGAGGCGAUGGAGCCUUCACCGGCAAAGGGGAAACCACAGGGUCGACUGGUAGUGUCCACGACCCUGGAUGCAAAAGAUGAACUGGAGGAGCGGUUGGAAAGAUGUCUCGGGAUUGUCACUUCUAUGACAAACGGCCUUUCAGAGCGCGAAGCCAACGAUGCCAUCACUGCCCAUGUAUGCAAGGGACCACAGCAGCACGAAGAAGUGUGUUUGGGUCUGUUUGCAAUACUGCUCACAGAACCACCUCAGGCACAGCGGUGUUACAGAGAUCUCACGCUGGUUAACCGGGAUGGGAUGAAUGUGGUCCUGAUGAAGAUCAACCAGAUCCUCAUGGAGAAGUUUCUCAAGCUGCAGGAUGUCUGUCGUACCCAGCUGGUCUGGCUGGUUCGAGAGUUGGUGAAGAGUGGUGUCAUCGGGGCUGAUGGUGUCCUCAUGACCCUUAUGAAACAGAUAGCAGGGGGAGACAUCUCCAGUAAGAACCUGUGGUUGGCCGAGAGUGUGCUGGACAUCUUGCUUGAUCAGAGGGAGUGGGUGGUGAAGAGUGGGAUGCUGGUGGCCAUGUCUGUGUAUACCUACCUUCGUCUCAUGGUGGACCACGGCACCCCCAACCUGCUCCCCCUCAGGCAGAAGGAGGUGGACUUCUGUAUCGGCCUAAUCCGUGAGAAGUUCAUGGAGGUCUACGUCAUUGGGAGAGAUCUGGUGCGUCUGCUGCAGAAUGUGGCCCGAAUCCCUGAGAUAGACCUGCUGUGGAAAGACCUUCUACACAACCCCCAAACCCUCAGCGCUCAAUUCACAGGUGUGCUGCAGCUUCUUACCUCUCGAACAUCACGGAAAUUCCUGGCCUGUCGCCUGACGCCUGACAUGGAGACCAAACUUCUAUUCAUGACCUCCAGAGUGCGCUUCGGGCAGCAGAAGCGCUAUCAGGAUUGGUUCCAGAGGCAGUACCUGUCGACGCCCGAGAGCCAAUCCCUACGCUGCGAUCUGAUUCGCUACAUCUGUGGCGUGGUUCAUCCGUCCAAUGAGGUUCUGAGCUCCGACAUCUUGCCCCGCUGGGCCAUCAUUGGCUGGCUGCUUACCACCUGCACAUCGAAUGUGGCGGCCUCCAACGCCAAGCUGGCCCUCUUCUAUGAUUGGCUCUUCUUCAGCGCGGAGAAGGACAGCAUCAUGAACAUCGAGCCGGCCAUCCUGGUGAUGCAUCAUUCUAUGAAGCCCCACCCUGCCAUAACCGCCACACUGCUGGACUUUAUGUGCCGGAUCAUCCCCCAUUUCUUCCCUCCUCUGGAGGUUCAGGUGCGUCAGGGUGUCUGCGCCUCCCUCACCUUCAUCAUGGAGAAGAGAGUGCUGGCUCAUCUGGCGCCCCUGUUUGAUAACCCUAAGCUGGAUCGUGAGCUGCGCUCCAUGUUACGCGAGCGUUUCCCAGAGUUCUGCAGUUCCCCGUCGACCCCCACAGAAGCGAAAAUGGAAGAAUCGGUUCCCAUGGAGAUGGACAAUCACAUUCUGGACAAAGAAGACAGUUGCUAUGACAACACUGAAGCCACUUUCAGCGAUGAUGAAGAGGAGGUGAAUAACAAAGGCAAAAAACGGGAGUUCAGGUUCCAUCCAAUCAAAGAGACUUAUAUUGAAGAGCCAGCGGACAUCUCCCCCUAUGUGGACCAAUUGGACGAGCCGUUGAAGGAGAAGGUGUUACAGCUGCAGAAAGAGAGUGACAUGGAGGUUCAGUGUGAAGUGAUGCAGGAGAUCGUGGACCUCAUACUGGAGGAGGACUUUGACUCGGAGCAGAUGUCCACCCUGGCCUCCUGUCUGGCUGAACUUUUUAAGAGUCACUUCAGGGGAGAUGUGCUCCCUGACGAGAUCACAGAAGAGUCUCUGGAGGAGUCGGUGUGUAAGCCAGUGUGUUUAGUGUUCCGGAACCUGUGUCAGAUGCAAGAGGACAACAGCAGCUUCUCAGUGCUGCUGGACAUGCUGGCCGAACUCUACCAGAAACAGCCCAAGAUAGGAUACCACCUGCUCUACUACCUGAAGGCUAGUAAAGCUGCGGUGGGGAAGAUGAGUCUGUACGAGGCGUUCGCUCAGGCCACGGCGCUGGGGGAUCUGCACACCUGUCUCAUGAUGGACAUGAAGGCCUGCCAAGAGGACGACCUGCGCCUCCUGUGUUACCUCACGCCCUCCAUCUACUCAGAGUUUCCUGAUGAGACACUGCGCAGUGGAGAACUGCUGAACAUGAUUGUGGCUGUCAUUGAUUCCACACAGCUUCAAGAGCUCAUGUGCCACGUGAUGAUGGGGAAUCUGGUGAUGUUCCGCAAAGACUCUGUGCUCAACAUCCUCAUUCAAUCUCUAGACUGGGAAACGUUUGAGCAGUACAGCACCUGGCAGCUUUUUCUGGCCCACAGUAUCCCACUAGAAACCAUCAUCCCAAUCCUCCAGCACCUCAAAUACAAGGAACACCCUGAGGCUCUCUCAUGUCUGCUGUUGCAGCUGCGCAGAGAGAAGCCCACGGAGGAGAUGGUGAAGAUGGUUCUGAGUCGGCCGUGCCACACAGAGGACCAGUUCACCACCAGCAUCCUGCGCCACUGGGCCUCCAAACACGACGACUCGCUGGGGGAGCACGUCAAAGCCCUGCUCAUCAAGAACAACAACCUGCCCCGCAAGAGGCAGAGUCUGCGCAGUUCCAGCAGUAAACUAGCUCAGCUGACUCUGGAGCAGAUGCUGGAACACCUGGACAACCUGAGACUGAACCUCACCAACACCAAGAAUAACUUCUUUACCCAGACGCCGAUUCUUCAGGCUCUUCAGCAUGUACAGGCCAGCUGUGACGAGGCCCAUAAGAUGAGGUUCAGCGAUCUCUUCGCUCUGGCUGAAGAGUACGAGGACUCGACCAAACCCCCCAAGUCCAGACGCAAAGCCCCCGCCUCGUCCCCGCGCUCACGCAAAGGAGCCGCACCCCCCACCAACAACGAGGAUGACAGCGCCUCCACCAGUGCUUCUGAGGAAGAGGACUCCAGACCCAAAGCUCCAAAGAGGAAGAGGAAGGGUUCUUCAGCUGUGGGCUCCGACAGCGACUGAGGAGUUCCUCACGCACCAAUCACACCCCAUCUGCUAUUGUGACAUCACUGGAGACUGGACCACCGCCCAAUCACAUGACCCCCCAGCAGAUACGCCCACUGUGGAGGGGGAGGGACUUCCUUUUGGACUCAAAUGCAAUUGGCUAGAGCCAGACGAAAACUCCCCCUUCUGUUCUUGCUCAUUGGCUGACGCAGAGCUAGUGGGUGUGGCCUGAGGGAAACACAUGGAGAUGGGAUGGGUGUGGGGAACCUCCAGGCUCCGCCCCUCUGAACACAGACUCCGCCCCUCUGAACACAGACCGACCCAACCCGGACCGGCCCGCUCCCAUGACCACCACAGCGAUGUAGGGUUGACCCCUGACCCCUGAACCUUAACCCUGUACACCCCACAUGUCUGACUCCUAAGUCCACACUGCCCAUGAAUGCGGAGGUGAAAGUUCAACGCUUUACAAUAAUUCUAUGACAGAAGUCCGGUUCAGAUUUAAAUGUCCAGACCCCUGAAAAGAGGCGUGUUCAUGUUGAAUGAUAUUAGAUGACAUGGGAGAGUACAGUCACUCCCCCCUCCCACAUUAUUCUCUCUCUCUGCCCUGAUUGGUCAUCCCUAUCGAGAGGCGGAGUCAAGGAUUUUGACACGGAGGGAUGUCCCUUUGUGAUUGGUCUGUUUUUACCACAGGUGUUUGAGCUGCACAGGAGUGUGGCCGAGAGGACUGUACAGGUGGAAGAAGACCUCACACAUUGACAGACGUUUUAAAGAACAUUUCUUUCUACUGACAUAUUUUCAUAAAAAAAAGAUCAUAACUGUGUCAAAUGAUUAUGAUAUUAAUAAAAAAAGGGCUAAACAGCU